AUGGUGUCGUUCAACUGCGACGGCUGCGGCGAUGUGGUCAAGAAGCCCAAGCUGCUGCAACACUUCAACCGCUGCUGGGCGCCCGUGACCUGCCUCGACUGCUCGCAGCAGUUCAACAGUCCGGACGAGUUCAAGAGCCACAACACGUGCGUCAGCGAGGCGGAGAAGUAUGAGAGGAGCGUUUACCGCGGACCAAAGCACCAGCAGAAUGGUCAGAAUGGCCAGAACGCUACGCCCAGCAAGCAGGCCAAGGGCUCGCAAGCAAACACACCUGCCAAGGCGGCCGAGUCGCCUGCCCAGGAUGCUGUCGAGGCACCCACACCGAGCAAGUGGGACUCGUCCAACGCAGUGAACGGCAAGAGGAAGAGGGAAGACGAAGACGCCGAGGAAGACAAGGCGCCUGCCGAGACCAAGGACUCCAAGAAGGAGAAGAAGGAGAAGAAGGACAAGAAAGAGAAGAAGGAAAAGAAGGAGAAGAAGGAGAAGAAAGAGAAGAAGGAGAAGGACGAGGCAGAGGGCAGUGCGAGUGACGCUGGCGAGUCGGAAUACGACGCCGAGGAACACGUUCAGGACGACCCAAUGCAGGCGGAGGCGGAAGAGGAGAAGAUCAUCAAGCCGCUCUCGGCGUCGGAGCUGGAGGCGUUCAAGAAGAAGCAGCGCAAGCUGGGUAUCGUAUAUAUCUCGCGCAUCCCACCCGGCAUGACUCCGGCCAAAGUGCGCCACAUCCUGUCCAACUUUGGCGAGCUGGGACGCAUCUAUCUGCAAGACGGCACCAAGCCUGGCGAGUCGAAGAAGAAGCGCGGCGUGGCGCACUACACCGAGGGCUGGGUCGAGUUCACCUCAAAGAAGGUAGCCAAAGCUGCAGCCGAGAUGCUCAACGCGCAGCCGAUCGGGGGGCUUGCAGCGAGCAACUCGAAGAAGUCGGGUACGGGUGGGGGCAGCAGUAAGAUGGGCAAGAGCAGCAAGCGGUUCCAGGACGACGUGUGGACUAUGAAGUAUCUCAAGGGCUUCAAGUGGCAUAUGCUUUCGGAGCAGAUGGCACAGGAACGGGCCAGCCACUCGGCAAGACUCAGGACCGAACUGAGCCAGUCGGCGUACGAGCAGAAGGACUACCUCAAGAAGGUUGAGCGUGCACGCGUGCAGAAGGACAAGCUCGAAAAACGCAAGCGCAAGGCCGACAAACUUGGCACCGACAUCGAUACCGAAUCCGGCAUGGAAAAGGCACGCACGUUCAAGCAGAGGAAGCCCGUCACCAAAGAUGUGCGCGAUCAAGCUCAGGCCUAG